AUAGUAAUAGUGUUCUUUAUUUGACAGCUAAUACUUGUAAUAACGUUAGAUAGUUUUAUCAAAUAAAUAAAAUUAGUCUUUAUGAAUGAAAUUAAUUUAAUAAGUUCCAACAAUCCUUGCAUUUAUUGUUAUGUAUAAUUUUUUUCUGACUUAUAUUGUAUAAAAUCGUAUUAUACUGUCAGAGUUAUACAUAUUUUCUUUAUGAUCAUAUCGUUACAAUAAAUAAUUGCUUACAAUGUCAGAUGACGAAGAUUUGGUUUAUGUUAAGAAACAAAAAACUGUUCAUUAUGGAUCGCUUGAAGAAGCAGAGCGUGCUAGAUUGGCCGCUGUGGCGGAAUCCUCUGAAGAAGAAAAAGAUACCACGACUUUGGGAGACAAUGUCAACACUGUUGCUACAUUGGCAAAUAUUCAUAUAUCAAAUGAAUAUAUGGAAUUGGAAGAUGAAAUGUCUAAAGAUAGACAAGCUCUCUUAGAAGAAUUUGAACGUAGAAAGAAAGCUCGUCAAAUCAAUGUAUCUACUGAUGAUUCAGAAGUCAAAAGAAAUUUAAGACAAUUAGGAGAGCCUAUUUGUUUAUUUGGUGAAGGUCCUGCAGAUAGGAGGACAAGAUUGAGAGAAUUAUUAGCUAAUUUAGGUGAAGAUGCAAUUAAGAAAAAACACGAAGAAGAGGAAAAACCUUCUCAUCCAAUUGAAAGGGAUACAGAAACAACAUGGUAUCAUGAAGGACCAGAAUCUCUUCAAAUAGCACGUUCUUGGAUAGCUACAUAUUCAUUGCCUAGAGCAAAAGCUAGAUUGGACAAAGCAAGGCAGGAUUUGGAAUUGCCAACAGCUACACGUACAGCACGUCGUCAAGAACUUUUGAAAAAAUUGCAAGCAUUAACAAUUUAUUGUUCUCAAAUUGGAGAUACUAGGCCAAUUUCUUUUUGUCAAUUCAGUCCAAAUUCCAAAGUGCUUGCUACAGCUUCAUGGUCAGGCUUAUGUAAACUAUGGUCUGUACCUGACUGUACUUUGUUAAGAACUCUUAAAGGACAUACUUGUAAUGUUGGCUGCAUUGUUUUUCAUCCAAAAGCUACUAUUACUGAAGAAGUGGUAGGAGAAAGAGCUGGACAGACUUGCGUAUUGGCAUCCUGUGCUUCAGAUGGAACUGUAAAAUUAUGGAGUGGUGGAUUUGGAGAGGAACCUCUAGCUGAAGUUGAAGGACACGAACCACAUAGAGUUUCAAGAUUAGCAUUUCAUCCAUCUGGUAGAUUUCUUGGAACAUGUUGUUAUGAUGCAUCUUGGAGACUUUGGGAUUUGGAACAGCAAGCAGAAGUCUUACAUCAGGAAGGUCAUGCUAGAGCUGUACAUUGUAUUAGUUUUCAAGGUGAUGGUAGUGUAAGUGCUACGGGUGGUCACGAUUCUUUUGGUCGAGUAUGGGAUCUUCGUACAGGACGGUGUAUUAUGUUUAUGGAAGGUCACUUAAAAUCUAUUUUUGGCAUUGAUUUUUCUCCAAACGGAUUUCAUAUAGCAACAGCCAGUGAAGACAAUACUUGUAAAAUAUGGGAUUUACGAAAAAGAUCUUGUGUGUACACAAUACCGGCGCAUACAAAUCUUUUAUCAGAUGUAAAAUAUCAAAGGAUAGAAGGACAAUACUUAGUCACAGCAUCAUAUGACAAUACUGCUAAAAUAUGGUCGAACAAGACUUGGCAACCACUUAAAACAUUACCAGGUCACGAUGGUAAAGUUAUGUCUGUAGAUAUUUCUCCCGAUCAUAGAUUCAUCGGGACCAGUUCAUACGAUCGAACAUUUAAAUUAUGGGCACCCGAAAACAUGUAAAAAGACUUCAUUGAAUAAAAAAUAUAAUUUUAAUUAAAGAAAAGUAUAUUUCAAGAAAACAUUUUUGUACUUACUAUAGGAAAAGUAAACAUAUAAGUAAUAAACAUAUAUUCCUUUUAAUUAGGUGACUCAUCUUAUUGACUUUCUUUUUUUCUUUUUGUUUUUAAAUUGUACAUUGCUUUACCAUAAUAUAUUUAAUCGUUUCUGAUAAGAAAUAUUUACUACAAUGACAAAGAAAGAGGAUUCUUUAACUAUUCAUGAAAUUAUUUUUGUAAAUAUUGUGAUCGGACUCUGUACUCAGAGGUUUGCUGUCCGAUUGCAGUUUUGCGUCAUUGCUGAUAAUUACGCUUUUAUUUUAUUAACAAACUUGAUGAUAAAUUUUCAUAAUAAUCAAGUAUUUAAAUGUUUCUUCUUUCAAUAAGACCUCGUUUUGUAUUUAUAACAAAUCUUUAAAAAAGAUUUUAUUCAUAUUUUUAUAAUCGAAAAGGAAAACUACAAUAUAAUAAAAUUUAGGAUACAAAUACAAAUUUAUCGAUGAUAUAUUUGUGUAAUUUUAAAUUAAUCAUACAUAUUACUUUGUUUUUAUUUAUUUUGAAGUUUUAACAUCUUUGGUUUAUUAAAAAAUAGGAAAGAAUUAUGUUUUGACGAAUAGUGGAACAUAUUUUUCUAAAAUUUCAUUUCUGGCAGUACCUUUUCAAUUAAUACUCUAUAAACAAAAUAGAAUCACAUAAUAAAUGUAAUAUUUAUUAAUAUUCCUAUAAAUAAUUGAUGUAUUUUUAUUCAUUUCAAUUAAUUUAACAACAUUAUUAAACUAAUAAUGAUUUGUGUGAUUCUUUUAUAAAGGAUCUUCGCGAAAGAUAAAUAUCAUUAUUUUUUGUGGAAUCUUACAUAUUUGCAUUUCUAUUUAAGUUUCUAAUUAUUUUUAAAUAUUUGAACAGUGAGUGAUUAAAAGUUAAGAAAAA